UACCAUCUCAAAGGAGGGAGGGAAGCCUCGUUCGUUCCUGCCAAUGCAUUGAUUGGCAUUUGCCAACACAACAUCCCAUUUCCGUGUCUCUCUGUGUCUGUUUCGUUGAGAUCACCACCGCCGGUAGCGCAUGGGGAAGAGGCCGCCGCACUCCCCCGACAUUGAGGCGGCACACUACCCUCCGCCGCCUCCAAUUUUCCACGCGCCAUGGCCUAGGAUGUGGACACCGUGGUUGGUGCCAUUGAUUUUUGUGGUGAAUAUUGUAAUGUUCGUGUAUUCCAUGUAUAUCAAUGAUUGUCCUGCAUACAUUAAUAAUGAGGUUUGCCUUUUCACCGAGUAUCUUGGAAGGUUCUCUUUUGAACCCUUCAGGGAAAACCCCCUCCUUGGCCCUUCCAUUCGCACGCUACGGUACUUAGGAGCACUUGAAAAGGACCUGGUGGUGGAUGAAAAUGAAGGAUGGCGCUUCAUCUCUUGCAUGUUUCUUCACGCUGGAGUCGUUCAUUUACUUGCCAAUAUGUUCAGUCUUCUAUUCAUAGGAGUUCGCCUUGAGAAGGAAUUUGGAUUUGUGAGGAUUGGAUUCUUAUACAUGCUUUCUGGUUUCGGUGGAAGCUUGUUGUCUAUCUUACAUUUGAGAGAAUCCUCAACACCAAAUACCGUAUCAGUUGGCGCAUCUGGGGCACUUUUUGGACUUCUAGGAGCCAUGCUUUCUGAGCUUCUAACAAAUUGGAGCAUCUACGCAAAUAAGUGUGCAGCUCUCACAAGUAUGCUGGUGAUUAUCGGACUGAAUUUGGCUGUUGGAUUUCUACCUCAUGUGGACAAUUCAGCUCAUAUAGGAGGAUUUCUAGCAGGGUUUUUCCUUGGUUUUGUUCUUCUGAUGCGCCCUCAAUAUGGAUAUGUAAACCGCAAAUAUAUACCUCCAGGAUAUGAUGUGAAACGUAAAUCCAAGUACAAAUGCUAUCAAUAUUUCUUCCUGGUCUCGUCAGUGAUUAUCUUGCUUGUGGGGUAUGCAUAUGGCCUAGCCAAGUUGUACAUAGGAACACCAGAGGAAACAUUUUCCUACCUAGAGAGUCAACCGAGCUGAACGGUUCUGAUUCCCCAGAGCAUGUUCUUCAAGCUUGCAUGUACAAAUCCAAAAUCUUCCUCUCUUAGAAGUGUAUAUAGCAGUGCAUAUCUCAUACAGAUACAGAUGAAGCUCCACUUCAAUUUGAUCAAGCCAUGUAUGUGCAUUACCUCUGAAAUUUCUGGUUUGAAACUGAUCUUUCCAGGUACAUGAUUAUUCGGUCGCUAUCCAAAAAAAAGAAAACAGAACCAAAUGUCAGAACUAUGAGAUGAUAUGACACAGUUUAAAUGUAUUUAUUAUAGAUGGAGGAAAUUCUUAAUGCUGAUCUAAUUUUUCGGUCCAUUUGGAUCUUGAUUCA